UUAUGUGUGUGUGUUUUGUUGUUGCUGCAAGCAGUGAGCUCAGCUGAUGAGUCAGAGCCAUGCAGUCAUUCCACUCAGUCUGCACCCAGCUUCUGCCUUUGCACGGGAAGACUCAGGAGAACGCAGUCGCCUUAUCGCCAAAGCCCCUUCCUGGAGUCUGGGGUGGACCCCCUAUUCCUGUACUGAGCACAGUUUAGACGGUGUAGCCCACUUUGCGCACAUUCUGGUGGAUGGUCACAUUGUGCUGUUUACUUCCUCCUUUCCAUGAGAGUGGAUAUGCUCAGCUCAGCAGUGGCUCUGUUUGCUGGAACUUGAUACCUUUCAUCAGCACCAGUGAGCAAACAGCUCACCAUGCUUUAGAGGACCACCUAACCACCUAUUCAUCUUGCCAAGCAAGUCUGACAGUCGUCAGUCAGUGAAUAUUUGGUAGACUUUGGAGACAUCUCCUCUUUUGCAUGUGUUUUGAUUACCAUGAAUCUGCAGCCUCAACAGAAGGCUUCAAAUAAGAGGACAGGAAAAAGGAUUACUUUUUUUGGGGAGCAGCCUGGCCAUCAAGUGCCCAGCAAGGAGCAGCAGUUGAAGGAACAGCAGUUUUAUGGUUCCGUAGCCCGGCUCCCAGUGUCUCAAGCUUCCGAAUUUUCAAAGUUGGAUUCUUAUUCCACAGCUUCCAACAAUAUGCUGAACACUGUUAUGUAUGCUCAGGAGAUGCCUGAGGCCAUGAGGCUCAACCAGCAGCAGGUAGUUGGAAAGUGGAAUGUGACAGAAAGGGGUGACGCCACAUGGCAAGCUCAACAAGCUGGAAUGUGGCAGAGAAAUGCAGCCAGCUAUCCUGUUUCCAUGGUACAUUCUUAUUACAACCAUCAUGAACAAGUCAAAAGGAGCCAAGAUAAAGGGGUUGGAGUGUCCCAGGUGGACAUGUAUGGAGAUGCUAUACAACAGAUGAUGUCUCAGAAGACACAACUUGAACAGCAUACAUUGGCCCGUCAGCAGGCCCAUUUGAACUCUAUUUUGCAGGUUCAGCAGCAACAACAGCAGCAGCAGCAUCAACAACAGCAGCAGCAGCAUCAACAUCAACAACAGCAGCAUCAACAACAGCAGCAUCAACAACAGCAGCAGCAGCAGCAGCAACAGCAACUUUCCUUGCAGCCGUUUCAAAUGGCUUUUGGACAUCAGGGUCAGAAACCAUCAUUGCAGGAAAUUUUCCAUGUUUUUCCUGAGGCACAGUCUAAUGUGGCUUAUGCCACUCAGCAGAAGCAGCAGCCCUCUCUUCCUAAAAUGCAGCUGUUCGAAAACUUCUACCCGGCUCAGCAACAACAGCAGCAGUCGGCCUAUGGUAUACAGCCAGCGAUCACCGUGGGUCAGCCUCACCAAGUUGCCCAGCAGAAGAUGCCAGCAAUUAGCCAGCAACAACGCGUCCCUACGUCAGAGGAAUACAUGAAGGCUUUUUCAGAGCAGAGCCAACAGACUGUUAUGCCUAAAACUCAGAUCCCCUUGCCACGUCGAUCACGUAGGCUUUCUAAAGAGGGCGUGCCAGCUUUGCCUACCACAGUAGUUGGACAACCAAACGACCCUUACGCUCAGCACCAUUAUGAUCAGGCAGUGCAAAAACAAUUAGAAGAACGGUAUAAGCAUAGUUACCAGCCUCUUCCGAGAGAUGCACAGGUACCAAGCCAAGAAAGCCAUUAUGGCAAUCACCAUGAGCCGAACAAGGCUGCACUACCUCAGAAUGGUAGCACAAGGGAUAGUCAAACAACUGCCGAGCAGAAUUCUGUGGUGCCUAGUCAGCCGGAGGGAGCUGGAGCAGUAACCGUGAUCCAGACAACAAGGCGAAGGCGGCGCAUAUCACAGGAAGCUAAUUUGUUUACAUUAGCGCACAAAGCGGCAGAGAUGGCAAACAUGGAGAACACUAAGGAUCGAGAUGCAUCGAAGGAUAAGGAGAAUGAGACUUCAAAAGCUAGCACAGACACUGUAUGUGCUCCAUCUCCCAAGAAAUCUAGAGGGGAAGGAGAGCUGAAACCGCUAGUCAUGCCAGUGUCCGUACCUGUGAAAAUGGACACCACACGAGAACUUGGAGAUGAAGAAAGGAUGCAGAAGACAGCAGCCUCAGAAAGGGAGUCCUCCAUGCCAUCAGUAAUAGUCACACGACACAGAGCUGGUCAGACGACUGCUCCGGAACCUGUUGUAAAGCCCAAUGAAACCUCUUUAUCAGUGGAUGGGGAGCCUGCAUCUCGGAAACCAAAACAGCGGCCGAGGCCCGAACCACUCUUCAUCCCACCCAAACCCGGAACCUUUGUUGUCCCUGUUUAUACCAACAUAACCUCAUAUCAAAGUCACCUGCGCUCUCCUGUACGCAUGCCAGAGCACUUGGACAAAACGUUUGAGCUGCCCCCUUACACACCACCCCCUAUCCUUAGCCCAGUGCGGGAAGGGUCCGGACUUUAUUUCAAUGCCAUCAUGUCAGCCAGCUCACAUUCAAUGCCCCCAUCAAUCACUCCAAAGAGUAGUACAAGAACUCUGCUAAGAUCCACUAGUGGAGAAGACAUGCCACCUAUUCUUACAGCGGUGGGAGAAGCCACACCAGUUAGCCUUGAACCACAUAUUAAUGUCGGUUCGCGCUUCCAGGCAGAGAUUCCUGAAUACAGAGACCGGAGUUUGGCGUCUGCGGAUAAGUAUAAAGCUGACUUGGUGUGGUGUCCCUGGGAGGAUUCGGAGAACAACCAGGUGGAGGAUUUGCUUACAGCAGCAUGUUCCAGCAUCCUGCCUGGAGGUGGCACCAACCAAGAGCUAGCACUUCAUUGUCUUCAAGAUUCGAAGGGGGACAUUAUGGCCGCUCUCACUUUGCUGCUGUUGAAGAGGCCGGUGCGGCACAAAGGUCAUCCCUUGGAAAAUUACCAUUACUCUGGGUCCGACAAGUGGUCUGUUACUGAGAAAAGACUUUUCAACAAAGGAAUGGCAAUCUAUAAGAAGGACUUUCUGCUGGUUCAGAAACUGAUUAAAACAAAAACUGUGUCUCAGUGUGUGGAGUUUUAUUACACCUACAAGAAGCAGGUGAAGAUAGGACGCAAUGGCAUGUUAAUAUUCGGAGAUGUAGAGGCUGCUGCAGAUGAGAAAAACCCCAGAGAAGACUCUGAGAUCGAUGUGAAGAGUUCUCAACGACUUGCAACAGCUAUCCCUUCACAAAGAGAUUCUUCUGAACAGGAGAACACACAAGACCCUGAUGUGGAGAAAGAGGUAGAGGUGGACAAGGUGCAGGUGAAGCAAGAAGAAGUAGAGGACGACGAGGAGAUGAGGAAACCGCCAAUGAAAAUCACACAAACCCUACAAGCUAGUGAAAUAGCAAAUGACACCUUGAUUCUAAGAAGCCAGGACCAUGAUACGUCUAUUGCAGAGAAAACCUCCAGGUCAAGGGGCCGCAAUCCACGGGUACCGUUCUCCCCAGACAACACAAAAAAGCCAGCGACUCAAAACAAGCCUCCUGCAGAAGAGGGCACUUUCCCGUGUAAAAAGUGUGGCAGGGUCUUCUUCAAAGUAAAAAGCCGAAGCGCACACAUGAAGAGCCACGCGGAGCAGGAGAAAAAAGCUGCAGCCCAGAGGCAAAGCGAGGCCGCGGCGGAGGGAGCAGCAGCAGUAGCUGCGGCGGCGGCACGAGCCGCAUUACAAGCCAGGUCUCGCCGAAUGGAGAGCAGCGACAGCGGGACCAGCAACGACAGCAGUUGCGGGAGCAGCAGCGAAAGCAGCGACAGUUCAGACGAUGGAGAGAUUUAACCGGAGCUCCAAGCCGGAACAGUGAGGCUGGACCCUCGCUCUAUUCCCUACACACCCCCGCGGAAUUUUUUUUUUAUUCUUCACACUGUCGACCGUUUCUGUAUGGAUCAAACUCAUGAACGUGUAAAGCGGACUCUUUAUCUUAAAUUAACUAUUUAUUGGGAAAACAGUCUAUAAUUUACUAUGUGUUUCGCAGAUGAAAGAAAUAUUUUUUAUUUGACACAUGUGCCUGUAAAGACAAGUUGCUUCAA